AUUAAUUAAUUCACAUACAUAAUUUUUUAGGUAAAUUAUUGGAGAGGAUGAGGAGGAGGAAUAUGAGAGUGAAUUCGAGCAAUAAUUCUAAGUCUUAUGAAUAUUUGCAAAAGGCUCACAAUCACAAUAAGGUAGGGAAGCAAUUUGAAAUUGAAAAUGAUACUGAGAGACCGCUCUCAAUAUUAUCGUACGAAUCUAAAACUCGAGCACCAACUCAUGCUCUAUUGAAUCAUCAUCAUCAUCAUCGAUAUAUAGAAAAGAAUAAAAGAAUCAAUUAUCAACUGGAAACUCAGAGUCUAACUCCAUCUUCAUUAUCCCGACAAGAAUGUUAUCUCAAGAAAACUACUUUGGCUGCAAAGUCAGCUUGUGCCAACUCGAGUUUUGCAGCUACAAAGUUUGAAAUUAAGGGGGAAUCAAAAAAGAGACCGCGCGAAGUAUUUGAAAGUGCAAGAAUUGAAAAAGAAAUAGAGGAAAGGGAAAAAAGAGAAGGAGAGAAGUUACAAAGACAAAAAGAAAGACAGGAAAAAGAAGAAAAAGAAAAAAAAGCGAAUUUGCAACGAUUAAUUAGAGAAAGAGAAGCUCACUUAGCUAUGAUUGAAAAGGUUAAGCAAGAAGUUGAUCAUUCUGAUCAAAACCAUAAGUAUUUCUUGGAACUUGAAAAACUAUGCGGCUACAAACAAUCAUGCAGAUAUAAUAAAAGAAAUUCUGAAAUGCACACUUAUUCUUCUUCUAAUAUAUUAUUUGGGACGCCAUUGAAAAAGUUGGGAUUAUUUUUGAAAAAUGACGAGGAGAAAGAAUUUGAAGAAGAAGAGGAAAACUUGAAUCUACAAAAUUAAAGAAGUUGAAACAAGCUUAGUUUAUAUUGUUUGUAACUAAAUAUUCUAUUAUAAAAUUUAAUAAUGACAAGAUUGAUUACAUUUUUUACAUUUAGAGAUGUUAUGACAAGAUUGUUCGUGCUAGAAAUUGUCUUUUAAGUUAGUUAUAUAUAUAUAUAAAACUGUCGAAAAUUGAGCCUAGUGUACUGUUUUGUAUCACUUUAGAACACAUGGUCCAAUUUAUCAUUUAACAAAACAGAGAGUUGGAUGGAUAAUUUUUAUAAAACACAAAAGUUAAAAUAAUAUUAACACUAUAUAUAUUUAUAUAAAUUCUUAUAUAUGUAAUUCUUUUAAAUUCUUAUAUACUACGCGUGGUGUUACAAAGACAAAAAGAAAGACAGGAAAAAGAAGAAAGAGAAAAAAUAGCGAAUUUACAACGAUUAAUUAGAGAAAGAGAAGCUCACUUACCUAUGAUUGAAAAUGUUAAUAUUUGCUUGCAUAUUUUUUCGUUUGGUAUCUUAAAUAAUUGUAAAAGAUUUUGUUUUGAUGAUAAAUUCUAACUAAUUUGUACUAUGAUAAUUCAUUAACACAGGUUAAGCAAGAAGUACUUGAUCAAAACUUUAAGGAUUUCUUAUCAAAAUUUGAAAAGCUAUGCGUGUACAAACAAUCAUGCAGAUAUGAUGGCAGAAAUUCUGAAAUGCACACCUAUUCAUCUUCUAAUAUAUUAUAUGAGACACCGUUGACAAAAUUGGGAUUGUUUUUGAAAAACGACGAGGAGAAAGAAUAUGAAGAAGAAGAGGAAAACUUGAAUCUACAAAAGAAGAUGAAACAAACUUAGUUUAAAGGCCAA